GACAGACGGCGCUGGUCGCGUCGCGACAAGGAGUGCGUUAGUCAAGUGCAUUGUUCAUUGAAAACGUAUUACGGCCGCAUUAUGUCCGUCGGACCGUAGCCUUUUUCACGCGGUUUUACUCGGUGAAGUCGCGCGUGACGAGUUAUGCAACGUACGCCGCGUAAGGGCGGCCCGCGCCGGGCGAUCGGACACCGCGGCAGCUGACCUACUUAGAGCUCGGCCUAUCAUCGUCGUACCUCACGACGCGGCGGCGAAUCGUGUCGCCGACCACGCGAAAGGAGAGGUUCGUGACAAAUCCCCGGUGGUUCGUUAGAACGGCCGAAAAAGUCGGGCCGCACGAGUCGUCCCGCGGCACCGGAUCCGCGGAGCGACGCGGUCGCGAUGUCGCGAUUGCGGCGGCCCGUCGGCGGCGAAGGAAGCGGGGCCGGGGACAGACACCUUUUGGAAAUUGCGUCUUUCCGCCCGCGACGGAGCUCGCCGAUGAGGCGCAGGGCCGUAAUCGACGCGCGACAGCGCCCGGCACGAGGGUACCGGCUCUGCACCGACCGAGGCGGCCGCGGCGUGUAAAUCAAUUCGAAUCCUCUUUCUCCCCUUUCUGCUCUCUUUUUACCUUCCUCCGUCUCUGUCUCUUUCUAUCUCGGAAGCGACGGCGUUUCGUCUCGGUAGCGAGCGAGAAAGCGAACGCCGGUGUACUCGUUUAUGUACGCUCGCGAUUACGGUUUUCCCUUUCGUUCGACCACUGCCGUACACACAAGCUUCGGCAUAACGGGGUGGGGGGUGGGGGAGACGCCAACUGGACGGCGAAACGAAUCGGAGCACACGCAAAGAUCGUCACACGCACAUGACCCUGACCCUCGCGGUUUAUCGCGAACGAUGAUCUUCCGAGCAAUUUCUGCAUAAAUUUGAGGUCGCGCGGUACGUAGACCCAAGAAACGGAUUCAUUUCCCGUCGUCGCGCGAAUUGAGAUUUCGAACCGCGACGUUGAUCCGUUCGAGAGUCUUUUUGCUAGGAAGAUGAGAAAAAGAAAUAGGAGAAGGAAAAGAUCGGUGGAUGAAAGAGAAAAAAAUGCGAACGUAUGGCUGGGCAGCGUGCGGCCGAUACGGUCCUGACGGCUUUCGUGCUGUCAGUGCGCGACAGUGCGCCGGACGCUCGCUUGACUUAGGGAGUGCCCGUGCCGAUGCAAAGUGUGUUCUUUCGAGGAGAAGUGCGUGCGCUCACGGGAACAACGUGCAAGAGAAGUGGAGGGAAUCCUGUCUGUCCGUUUGUCUAUCUGUCCGUCUAUCCGCCGGGACACGCGAGGCCCGGAAUGGCUGCGAGGACAGGGGACGGCGAGGGUGAGACCCCCGCGACAGUCUUCGACAACAAUGCCGGCAUCGUGACGACGGCGGGUUCCCUCGCGGAAUCAUCCACGUCGUCUUCGUCCUCCUCCGCUACCGUCGCCGCCACCGCCGCCACUGCCGUUGCCGCCGCGGUGCCAUCGGUGAUCCUGACAGAGAGUACCGCUACGAGCGCCGGUAGUCUGCCCUUGGGAUCUCAACAACAAGGCAACCUGCAUCAAGUACAUCAACAACAACAGUCGCGACAGAGAGUCAACCUGAUCGCCGAUGUAGCCGUCAAUGAUGUCGCAGGUAACCUCAAUGACUCUCGCUCUUCAAAGUCUUUGUUGUCGCUAAUGUGCCGCUUGCCAACCCCUCUCCCCUCCCCCUCUCUCCCUUCUCCUUUCUCUUUCCUGGCUUCGCUUUCACAUCUUCUUUCUCGCUCUCAUGUAUUACUGAGAGACAGAUUAAUUAUGAAUAUGAUGCAACGUUUCAUAGUCUAA